GCUUUGGACACGACGAGAGCCACUGCGCACGGACGUACGCCAGCGUCGCCGGGCCAGUGAGCAGUGAUGAGACGUCAGCACUUCUCAUGGAUAAGGCUGACGCGGAGGAGGCAUCGAAAGAAGCUAGCGGAUCAGCGGUGCAGGAGACCACGUCGACUGCUCCUAGGGCGCAUCAGUUGGACGCGCAACCGAAGGCUCGCGCAUCUCCUGGACAGACGCCUCUACCUCCGGCACAGGACGCCGUGGCGGCGUCAGAGAACGCAGCGGAAACGCCUGACGCGUCUUCAGAGAACGCCACCCAACCGGUGGCGGAGCCCAUGGACUUUUCCCCUGAAGGGUCCAGCCACAUGUCCGGAAAGCGGUCGCACGAUGAGGCCGUGAGCAAGGCGUCGCAACAGGAUGAAAUAGGCGGUGAUGAGCCUCCUUUUAAAGCAGCAGGCAUCAAGAGAUAUGACCGGCAGUUUUCUUGACGCCCUGCCCGUUUGCCCAGUCAUAGUUGCACUCGGUCAGUCCAUCUUUCAAUGCACCUGCCAUCUGUUUGUGGAUAGGGAGCUCAUAAUACCAAACAUAAGCUUGAAGCUGGCUAUUGAGUACCUGUUUGCUGUCCACUACUGCUUAAGCUUUUCCUACCAAGACUGGCCAAGAUACCUCGUCGGCAUAUCAGAAGAGGAGGGCACAUGCCCGCAAAUGAAAAGGAGGAAAGGUGCCCGCUUGAAAGCACUGGCGGCGUGCGCAGAGAUUGCGUCAUUCAAGAAGAAAUGGAGCUCUCUCCUCUGA